AUUAGCGAGGGGUGGAUAGACGAUGCUGACUUCCUGUAUUUUCUUAUAACGAAUGAAUAUUUAACGCAAAACAUAAGUGAGUGGGAUAUAAUAGCGGGACGCCGUUGAUGCCACCGCUGUAAAUGCGGAUUGUUUACAGCUGCCUUCGCAUCCUUUCCUCCCUCCCCUUUUCGUCUUUCCCACAGCGCCGGAGCGGUGGUGUUGUAGAGGCAGCGACUACAGCCGCUCCUGCUGACCGAAGAUAGCGCUUGCAGAGCCGGCCACAUUCUUCGCAUCACACCGGGCCCUGGAGACUACGACUCACAACAGAGCAGGAAGAAAGCUUUUGAUGCUAUGUCAUUGUGCAUCGUUAUCCUUCUGUAAAAGAAUCAUACAGACUCUUCUGGAUUUUUCUACCCUUUAAACUCCAGGUCUUUUUAAGAGUUUGGAUGUGCAGUUUCACAUGAUAUGGCUGUUCUUAAACUAGUCGACCAGCCACCCCUCGUCCAAGCCAUCUUUAACGGAGACCCUGAUGAGAUUCGUGUGCUCAUAUGUAAAUCUGAAGACAUCAAUGCACUGGAUACUGAGAAGCGUGCUCCCCUUCAUGCAGCAGCCUUCCUCGGAGAUGCUGAGAUCACAGAGCUCCUCAUUGUCUCAGGGGCACGAGUCAAUGCCAAAGACAACAUGUGGUUGACUCCGCUUCACAGGGCAGUGGCAUCUCGUAGUGAGGAUGCCGUUUGUGUGUUGAUCCGACAUUCUGCCGAUGUUAACGCACGGGAUAAGAACUGGCAGACUCCUCUGCAUGUUGCUGCGGCCAACAAGGCCCUGCGCUGUGCUGAGGUUAUCAUCCCGCUCCUGAGCAGUGUCAAUGUGUCAGACCGCGGGGGACGCACCGCCCUGCACCAUGCCGCACUCAAUGGGCACACAGAGAUGGUUAGCCUUCUCCUGGCCAAGGGUGCAAACAUAAAUGCCUUCGAUAAGAAAGAUUGUCGUGCACUGCACUGGGCUGCAUAUAUGGGUCAUUUAGAUGUGGUGUGUUUGUUGGUGAGUCAAGGGGCUGAGCUUAGCUGCAAGGACAAGAGGGGAUAUACGCCUCUCCAUGCUGCUGCUUCCAACGGACAGAUUGCUGUGGUGAAACACCUGCUCAGUCUGGCUGUCGAGAUAGAUGAGGCCAAUGCAUUUGGUAACACAGCGCUGCAUGUGGCGUGUUUUAAUGGACAGGAUGCAGUGGUCAGUGAACUGAUAGACUACGGUGCCAACGUCAGCCAGCCAAAUAACAAGGGCUUCACACCACUUCAUUUUGCUGCAGUGUCCACCCAUGGUGCCCUGUGUUUGGAGUUCCUGGUCAACAGCGGAGCUGAUGUUAAUGUGCAGAGUCGUGAUGGGAAAAGCCCUCUUCAUUUGACAGCAGUGCACGGACGAUUCACACGCUCCCAGACACUUAUCCAGAACGGGGGAGAGAUAGACUGUGUUGAUAAGGAUGGAAACACUCCACUGCACGUUGCUGCUCGAUACGGCCAUGAACUUUUAAUAAACACCCUGAUCACGAGUGGAGCUGACUGCACUAGAAGAGGGGUACACGGCAUGUUCCCCUUGCAUCUAGCCGCUCUGAACGCUCACGCCGACUGCUGCCGGAAGCUUCUCUCCUCAGGAAGAAGGUAUAGCAUAAUGUGCCCUCUCAGUAAUGACUCGGUCCUGUCUGCAGGAUUCCAGAUCGACACUCCAGACAACCUGGGCAGGACGUGUCUGCAUGCUGCUGCCGCUGGCGGUAAUGUGGAAUGUGUGAAGCUGUUGCUCAGCAGUGGAGCUGAUCAUAACCGCAGGGACAAACGUGGAAGGACCCCUCUCCACUAUGCGGCAGCUAGCCGACACUUUCAGUGCCUGGAGACUUUGGUGUCCUGUGGAACCUGCAUUAAUGCUACUGACCAAUGGGGGCGCUCUGCCCUGCAUUAUGCUGCAGCAUCUGACCUGGAUAGGAGGAGGCGUGUGGUCCUGGAACCAGAGUGUGAAGGAGUUCAAGCUGAGAGGGAAAAGGAGGCAGCUCUGUGUCUUGAGUUUCUGUUGCAGCAUGGUGCUGCCCCGUCACUCAAAGAUAAGCAGGGCUACAGUGCUGUUCACUAUGCUGCAGCGUAUGGCCAUAGACACUGUCUGAAACUGCUUUUGGACAGAGAUGAGAACCUUCAGGAUGAGAUUGAGAACAGCCAAACCAGGAGCCCACUGCAUCUGGCUGCAUACCAUGGUCAUGCACAGGCUCUGGAAGUCCUCUUGGAAGGUCACUGCGAGGUGGAUCAGGGGGAUGAGGUGGGUCGGACUCCACUGGCCCUUGCUGCCCUCAGGGGCCACACUGACUGUGCCCUCAUCCUUCUGAAUCACGGGGCCUCGCCAAGAAGCAGAGAUACAAUCCGUGGACGUACACCCAUUCACCUAGCAGUAUUGAAUGGUCAUACAUCAUGUGUGCGCCUCCUACUGGAAGACUCUGAUAAUGCAGAUCUGGUGGACACAGCAGACUCUCAGGGACAGACCCCUCUGAUGCUGGCAGUAAUGGGGGGUCAUGUGGAUGCUGUGUCUCUUUUGUUAGAGCGUGAGGCCAGUGUUGACUUGGCUGACCAUUAUGGUCUUACUGCUCUACACUUGGGGCUAUUGUGUGGGCAGGAGGAGUGUGUUCAGUCGGUGUUGGAGCUGGAGGCAUCAGUGGUGCUGGGGGACUCCAGGGGUCGCACUGCGAUCCACCUGGCUGCAGCGAAGGGUCACGCGUCUUGGCUAAGCGAACUGCUCAAUAUUGCCUGCUCUGAACCCCCAGUACCCCCAUUUCGAGACAACCAUGGAUACACACCACUACAUUGGGCCUGUUACUUUGGUCAUGAUGGCUGUGUGGAGGUUAUACUUGAACAAAGCACCUUCCGGCAGUUUGAUGGAAACCCCUUCACCCCCCUACAUUGUGCUGUGGUCAAUGAUCAUGAGGCUUGUGCCACCCUAUUAUUAGAAGCCAUGGGAUCAAAGAUUGUAACAUGCAAAGAUUCCAAGGGCAGAACACCUCUCCAUGCUGCUGCAUUUGCUGGUCACAUAGACUGUGUUCAACUGCUCCUGGCCCAUAAUGCAUCUGUGGAUGACGUUGACCAAUCUGGACGCAACGCUUUGAUUAUGGCAGCAGAGAGAGGAAGAGUCGAGGUUGUAGAGGCUCUGCUUACUGCUACGAAUGUUAACCUCAGUCUGACAGACCAAAAGGGCAAUACGGCACUCCAUCUUGCCUGCAGUAAUGGAAUGGAGGAAUGUGCAUUGCUCAUUCUGGGAAAACUUCCAGACUCUGCUCUCGUCACCACAAAUGUUGCACUGCAAACACCUCUUCAUUUGGCUGCACGCUGCGGGAUGAAGCAGACAGUGCAAGAGCUGCUCUCUCGUGGAGCCAGUGUUCAAGUACUAGAUGAAAAUGGUUUCACCCCUGCUCUGGCUUGCGCUCCAAGCAGGGAAGUGGCUGACUGCCUGGCUCUCAUUCUGGCUACCAUGAUGCCUUUCUGCUCCCCUUGCAGCUCUGGAAGUCCUUCCCCAGGUGCCCUGCUGAAAUCUCUGCCCCGCCAGGCCAAGAGUCCCCAGGGCCCUAACAAUCCGAGAGACCCCUCCGGCCCCUCCAGCGAGAGUACGACAACUGAAAAUGACUCUGACUCUGAGACAUUUUGACCCAGGCUCUUUCUAGAGUUCCAUAAUAGUAUUUAAAGCACAUAUUUCCAUGAAUCCUCAGAAGUUGUACAAAUUUUUAUGGAGCUCGCUCUCUGUAAACAAGUGAUCAUGACAUGUGACAUAGCCCACCUGGUACGCUUUCAUACUGCCAAACUUGUUUGCACAGGAGAUUUCGACUAAAGCCAUCUGAAUUACUUUGAUGCAAGAGAGAUGAUUAGACAAGACGUCUUUUGUACUUUAGUGUUUGAGAUUGCCAAAUGUUGACCUCAUAAUCACAGUUGAAGUAUCCAAAGUGUGAUGUGCGGUGACAUAAUCUGUAGGCUUUUGGAAACACAAAGAGAGGACUCACUCAUUUAAACUCUGUAGUUAUAAUGUGACCAAUUACAUAUUUGGACCAAUGAGGAAUUGGUGACUUGUCACAACCCUUGAUUAGAAUGUGUAUUCCAAAUAUUUAUUUGUGACAAGAGCACAUGAAACCCAGUGUAAUAUGAUGAAAAUCCAAUGCAUGUUACAAAUGUCCAGAUUGUACACCAGUUGUACUUUACACAUAUUGUAUUUGGCACGUUGUGAAUAGAAGACUCUUGAGCUUUAUAUUGUAAAGAAAGAGCAUUUUUAUUUCAGAUAGAUGAAUAGAUUUAUAGGCCUAGAUGGUCUUAACCUCUGUCUGACUUUUUUGGUGAGUGACACUGUCAUUCUUUUCCUUCUCAGAAAUAGCAACAGUGUUAAAAUGAUACUUCUAUUCAGGUCCAUUUUUCCAGAUUCCAGUGAGAAGAGAUGACCUGUUAUGUGAACCAAGAUGUUCCCAAGCCUGUAUGGAUAUUUAUUAUUUAGAUAACAAUGGUACUACAUUUGUAUGCUCUUAUGUGUAGGAGUAAAUGGGUGUUUAAUGUUCAAACCCAGGACCAUGACUAACCUAUCCUGUCUUCUUCAAAAAACAAAACAAAAUUACUUUUAAUAAUUUGCACUAGUUGAAUUUAAAUCAAUUUGAACAGUUUUCUAAAAAAGCUUGUAAAUGUUGGAAUGAGUGCUUCCAUUGUCUUUAAUCUGAUGUCAAGAUUACAUACAACUUAGCCAAAUACAUUUAAACUUAGAAUCACAAGUCCUGACAUUUAAUCGUUGAAAUCAUUCCAUGUCUUAGGUCAGUUUGGAUCACUACUUUAUUUUAAGAAUUUGAAAUGUCAGAACAAUAGUUUUUAUUUCUUUCAUCACAUUCCCAGUGGGUUAUAAGUGUACAUACACUUUGUUAGUAUUUGGUAGCAUUGCCUUUUAAUUGUUUAACUUGGGUCAAAAGUUUUGUGUAGCCUUCCACAAGCUUCUCACAAGAAGUUGCUGGAAUUUUGGCCCAUUCCUCCAGAAAAAACUGGUGUAACUGAAUCAGGUUUUCAGUUCUGCCCAGAAAUUCAGAAAGAAAAAUCAGAUUAAGGUCAGGGCUUUGUGCUGGCCACUCAAAUACAUUGACUUUGUUGUCCUUAAGCCAUUUUGCCACAACUUUGGAGGUAUGCAUGUGGUCAUUGUCCAUUUGGAAGACCCAUUUGCGACCAAGCUUUAAAUUCCUGGCUGAUGUCUUGUGAUGUUGCUUCAGUAUAUCUACAUCAUUUUCCUUCCACAAGAUGCCUUCUAUUUUGUGAAGUGCACCAGUUGCAGCAAAGCACCCCCACAAAAUGAUGCUGCCACCCCUAUGCUUCUCUGUUGGGAUGGUGUUCGUCAGCUUGUAAGCCUCACCCUUUUUCCUCCAAACAUAAAAAUUGUCAUUAUGGUCAAAUAUUUCAAUUUUUGUUUCAUUAGACAUGAGUACAUUUCACCAAAAAGUAAGAUCUUUGUCCCCAUAUGCACUGAAUACUGUAGUCUGGCUUUUUUAUUGUGGAUUUGGAGCUUGCUGAACAGCCUUUCGGAUUGAUUUGCACUUUUUGCACCAAACUAUGUUAAUCUCUAGGAGACAGAAUGCAUCUCCUCCCUGAGCGGCAUGAUAGCUGUGUGGUCCCAUGGUGUUUCUAAUUGCAUACUAUUGUUUGUACAGCUGAACAUUGUACUUUCAGUCAUUUGGAUAUUACUCCCAACAAUGAACCAGACUUGUAGAGGUCUUAUUCUGGGGUCUUGGCUUAUUGCUUUUGAUUUUACCAUGAUGUCAAGCAAAGAGGCACGCAUUUUGAAGAUAGACCUUAAAAUACACCGGUACACCUCCAAUUCAGUACACCUCCUAUUAUCAGAAACUAAUUGUCUAAAGGCUUGACAUCAUUUUCUGGAAUUUUCCAAGCUGCUUAAAGGCACAGUUAACUUAGCGUAUGUAAACUUCUGAUCCACUGGAAUUGCAAUAUAGUCCAUUGAAUGAAGCAAUCUGUUAAAAUUACUUGUGUCAUGCACAAAGUUUAUGUCCUAAAUGACUUGCCAAAACUAUAGUUUGCUAAUAUUAAAUCUUUGGAGUGGUUAAAAAUUUUUUUUUAAUGACUUCGACCUAAGUGUAUGUAAACUUCUGACUUCAAAUGUAUUGUUAUUUUAAGAUCUUUCCAAUAUUGGGAGUCAAAAAGAAAAGACAAAUGAAGAGAAGGUCGACCACUGUUUGUCUGUUUACCUUUGCCCACAAUGUGCCAGUUUCUGCAGUGUGUCCAGUGCCUUGUUCUGCAUUUUCAGAUUUUGUUAGAUUAUGCUGGUUUAUAUUUGUCUGUAUUUGUGUGUAAUGAAAAAGUCUGAAAAUUUGAAGAGAUGUUUGGGUCGUUCAGCUCACCUGACAACUAUAAGCCAACAUUUUUACUAAGUCCUGAUGUAUGUGCCUAUGUGUGUGUGCUUUAGGAUAGAAAAAUAGUCUUUGUACAUCAGCUUGUGGACAUUAUCAUCACCAGAGCAGAAGGUGCACACAACUGUCUUAUUAAGAAAGCACAUGGUCGAUUUUCUUUUCAUAAAUUCAUAAAAUGAAUCAUGAGUUAGAAGAUGCAGAGGAAUGGAAUCAAAAUAAAACAGUAUUAUAUCAGAAAAAAGCUUUGAAAUAUGACAAUCUUGUAGAUCAUGUGUUCCUCCUGCAAUCUGAUGUUGAAGGUACUUUGUUAGCUCAAGUUUCUUUUAUAUAAAUUGUAUGACUAUUAUAUAAAGUGUUUUAACCGAGUUUUGUGUGGAGUCUGUGUUAUAGCUUUGAAAUUAAUAAAAU